AUCGAUCUCUAACUAUUUAUGAGUUUCGAACCUCUAUAGUCUAAGUCUAUAAUAAUCAGUAAUCACCAACACGACCAUCGAUCACAGUAUAUUACUUCUUCCAUGACUUUCCAAUUCCAAGGACCCUUUUCUUCUUUCUCUUCUUCUAAUUCUAUCAUCACCCAUAGAUGUACUUACGACGUAUUCUUAAGUUUCAGAGGCAAAGAUACUCGCUACAACUUCACUGGCGAUCUAGACAACGCUCUGCAUAAAAAGGGAAUCAAUACCACCUUCAUAGAUGUUGAUGAUGAUGACCUUGAAACUAAAAGAGACGAAGAACUUUCAGAGACCCUUGUCAAAGCCAUAGAAGGGUCAAGAACUUCAGUGGUUGUACUCUCUAGAAACUAUGCAUCAUCCACACGGUGCUUAGACCAGCUGGUGAAGAUCCUUGAGUGUAAGCAAACAAAGGGACAAGUAGUUCUACCAGUGUUUUGGAAAGUAGAUCCAUCAGAUGUAAGGCAUCAAAGAAAGAGUUUUGGGAAAGCAUUAGCUCAACUUGAAGACAACACUAAGAUGCAGAGUUGGAAGACAGCCUUAAAAAAUGUUGCCAAUUUGUCUGGCUGGCACAUAGCCAGAGGAAAAGGGAAUGAAUCUGAAUUCAUCCAAGAAAUCAUUCAAACGGUCUCUAUCAUAGUAAAUUGUACAUAUCUAAAUGUUGCCAAUCAUCCAGUUGGAAUAGAGUCUCGUGUACAAGACAUCAAUUUGCUUUUAAGUAUUAGGAGGAAUGACAUACGCAUGGUAGGAAUCCUGGGAGUUGGUGGAAUUGGUAAGACAACUAUUGCCAAAGCAAUUUAUAAUUUGAUUGCUCACCAGUUUGAAGGUAGUUGUUUUCUUUCAAAUGUUAGAGAAUCUUCCAAGAAAGAAGUUGGACUGGUUCAACUACAAGAGACACUUCUUUCUAAGAUCUUAAGAGAUGCUAGAAGUUCAAAGGUUGGCAGUGUUGACCGAGGAAUCAAUGUGAUUAAGCAUAGGCUUUGCUCUAAAAAGGUUCUUUUAAUUCUUGAUGAUGUGGAUCAUUUGUUUCAAUUAGAAGCAUUAGCUGGAAAAUGUGAUUGGUUUGGUUUAGGAAGUAGAAUCAUAAUAACAACAAGAGAUAAAUCUUUGCUAACUAAACAUGAAGUUAAUUUCAUAUACGAAGUGAAGGAGAUGGAUCACAAUGAAGCUCUUGAGCUAUUUAGUUGGAAUGCCUUCAAAAGAAACAAACCUAAUGAUGAAUAUGUUGAACUCACAGAAUGUGCAGUACAUUAUGCUAGAGGCCUUCCGCUAGCUUUAAUGGUUUUAGGUUCAGAUCUAUAUGGUAAAAGCAAAAUUCAAUGGAAAAGUGCAUUGGAUAAAUAUGAAAGAGUUCCUAACAAAAAUAUUCAAGAAAUACUCAAAAUAAGUUAUGAAGGAUUGGACGAAACUGAACAAGAUAUUUUCCUUGAUAUUGCAUGUUUCUUCAAGGGGCGCAACAUAUAUGAUGUUAUGAGUAUUUUAGAUUCUUGUAGUUUAUAUCCAGAUUCCGGUAUUGCAAGACUUUUUGAGAAGUGUCUCAUAACUGUUGAUCGAUGGAACAUAUUGUCAAUGCAUGACUUGUUACAGCAAAUGGGCAUGGAAAUUGUCCGUCAAGAAUCCCCACAAGUGCCGAGAAAACGUACUAGGCUAUGGUGUUAUGAGGAUGCUCUUGAAGUACUAUCUAAAAAUAGGGGAUCAAAUAAAAUUCGGGGCAUAGUGUUGCGCUCUUCUAAACCAAUAACUGUGCAAUUGGAAGCUAAAGCUUUCAAACGGAUGAAAAAUCUCAAGUUUCUUAUUGUGGAUGAUGUACGCACUUGUGGACAACUAACAUAUCUCCCCAAUGGGUUAAGAUUGCUUGAUUGGCCUUCUUAUUCUUUUGCCUUACCAUCCACUUUUUGUCCUAAGAAACUUGUCCAACUCAACAUGCCACAUAGUCACAUUACAUUGGAGAUGCUAAUCAAGCAGGGGAUCCAGUUUGCAAAUUUGAAAGUUAUCAAUCUUAGUGAAUGUGAUUCUAUUAUAAAAUUACCUGAGUUGUGUGCUCCAAACUUAGAAAUAUUAAACCUUCAUCGUUGUAAAAAUUUAGUUGAGGUUGAUGAGUCCAUUGGAUAUCUUGAUAGCCUUCAAAAUUGGGAGCUCACUGAUUGCGAAAAUCUCCACAUUCUUCCAAGCCGCCUUAUGUUGAAAUCUCUUUACAUUUUUCGUCUUGAGGGCUGCUCAAGGCUUGAGAAGUUCCCUGAUAUUCAACCAGAAAUGAAUUGUUUAUCAGUUUUAGAAUUGCAACAUAGUGGUAUUAGAGAUUUACCUUCAUCAAUAGGUUAUCUCACUAUGCUCAAAUGUUUAAACCUAUAUGAUUGCCAAAACCUUAUGGAACUUCCAGAUACCAUCUAUAAGUUGCGGCUACUUGAUGAAUUAUCUGUUUGUACUACCAAAUUGAUACCGACACACGAUCCUUUUGAUAGCUUUUCUGAAUAUGGGUUUAUGAGGUUAAAACAUCUAUAUCUCAAUGACGGUGGAAAUCCAAUUGCAUUAGAUUUUUUAUCAAAGCCCAAUUACUUCCCUGUAUUGAAGUUUCUAGAUCUAAAUGGAACCAAUAUAAGUGCCAUCCCCGAAAGAAUCAGCAAAUUUACUAGGUUAGAGGGACUUCGAAUAGACAAUUGCAAGCAGCUUCAGGAAAUUCCAAGUCUUCCACAAUCUAUAUCAAAAGUGUACGCAACAAAUUGCCUGUCGUUGAAUCCACAAGCAUUAAGCAGAUUAUUGACAAUGUUUGAAGAAUCUUACUACGAAGAACAUGAGAUUCUACAGUCACCAGGCCUAUCGUUUCCAAAAUAUGAACUUAUACUACCAGGAACUGAGAUUCCAAAGUUGUUCAACCAUCAAAGUUUUGGAAAUUCCAUCUCAUUUUGGGUUGGUCAAGAUUUUCCAGCAAUUCUUUUGUGUAUUGUUUUUGGGCUGGAGGAGCACAUAGGUAAUGGAUUCGUUCCCAUAUUUCAUCUAAGAUUGAUCAUCAAAUGUCGUGAAAAGACAGUAGAUAUUUUGGCAAAUGUAAUUGACGGAGAGAGCGAGUCUGAUCAUCUGUGGGUUUCUUUUGUACCUUAUGGCGAAUUCCAUGAGACAUUUGAUGACUUAAAUCUAUAUGAUCUGAAUGAGGUUGAAAUUGUAUUUAAAACCGUUUCUACAUAUGAUCCACCAAAAAUUACUCCAACCAUAAAAAGGUGUGGUGUCCAUACAAAAUGCAUCUGUCCUCAAAACUUUGGUGAAUCAAACAUGCACCACCAAUGCCACUCCGCCAACCCUCUCCAGCCUUUACUACCUCUCUUCCCUAGUUCAACGAAGAUAACAGAUCAUGGGAUUGACUCUAAUUUGAGAGGCCUUUAUGGUGAUGACUCGGAUGUAAGAGAAUGCCAACCUCCUCUGGUCCCUGAUGACACUAGGCACCUUUUGUUUCCAUCUACAGUGGGGCUUCAAUUGGAUAUGAUAAAUGGAUCUGACUUAGGCUUAGGCCGAUUGGUAUUUGAAUCAACCAUGAGUGAUGGGUGUGAUUUGGGUUCAUCUUCAAUGGCCCAUACCGUAAGCAAUGAACCUGAUCUGAAUUCACAUCCGCCAUUGAAGAAAAUGAGGACAUCAUGAUCAGUUCAAAGAAACAGGACUUCAUCUUCAGUUCUUUCACGCACGUUUGAUGUAAGGGAAUUGGUGCCCUUUAUGUGAGUAAUUGCAAUAUAAUUUUGCAGGCAACAGAGCUGAAACCUUCAUAAUAACUUUUGCUAAAAUUGCCAUAUUUUGCUGGUGAAGUCAUAUUAUGCAUUGUCUCAAAAUUAUACAUUGCGAUUGGGCUCCCGAUUUGGUACAAAUUCCCUGAAGACCACAUAUCAAAGUUGAGCUAGUUUUUUCAAAUGCAAAAGGUGGAAAGGCUGAACACCUUGUGGCUACAGUACACGAGCAACUCAAUGGUUGAUAGAUGAAUUGUCUGUUCAGUUGGUUCAGUAGAGCCAUACUCAACUCAUGUUGCAGUAGGUCCUUAGCAUCAGAGAAGACAAGUGAUUUAGCAACUUGCAUAUUGUUGCUUGUCUCUAGGAUGUAUCAUUCUUUACACAUCUGUGGCAAAGAUAAAUCCUUUCGGUUUGAACAAAUUUUUAUUAUUGAUGUGACGCUAAGACACAUAGUCACUGAUCAUUUUAUGGGUAUGCGCUAAGACAUCACUGAUUUUUAAUA